AUGGCUGCUCCUGCCACCCAGAGCCUGAAGUGCGUCGUGACCGGCGAUGGUGCCGUGGGCAAGACAUGUCUCCUCAUUUCCUACACAACCAACGCCUUUCCCGGCGAGUACAUUCCUACUGUCUUCGACAACUACUCGGCGAACGUCAUGGUCGACGGUAAGCCCAUAAGCCUGGGCCUGUGGGAUACCGCCGGGCAGGAAGACUACGACCGCCUGCGACCGCUCUCGUACCCCCAGACCGACGUCUUCCUGAUCUGCUUCUCCAUUGUGAGCCCUCCCUCGUUCGACAACGUCAAGGCAAAGUGGUACCCCGAGAUUGACCACCACGCCCCGGGGGUGCCCAUCAUCCUCGUCGGCACCAAGCUCGAUCUGCGAGACGACGAGGGCACCAAGGAGUCGCUGAGGCAGAAGAAGAUGGCGCCCAUCCAGUACGAGCAGGCCGUCAUGGUCGCCAAGGAGAUCAAGGCGCAGAAGUACCUCGAGUGCUCUGCCCUGACACAGCGCAACCUGAAGAGCGUCUUCGACGAAGCCAUCCGUGCCGUCCUGAGCCCGCGCCCCCAGCAAUCGGCGCAGAAGAAGAAGAGCAAAUGCACCAUCUUAUAA